UGCAUUGUCAAAUGCUAUAAACUCUUUGCUCUCUGUUGAUUUCAUCCUGGAAAUAUCCCUAAAAAAGUUACAAACCUGGCCGGCAAAAGUCGAAUGCCAACAAAAACAAAAAAUUAGAUGACCGAAUCAUUCAUAAACAGUGGUAAUUAAACCCCUUUCUAGCUUAGCUACUCUGCUGUGAUGCUCCUACCUACCUUCAGCGCACUAUAUCAAAGCAGGAGAAAUGGAAGAUCAGAGAUAUACAAUUUCUGCACUGAUCAAAUUGAUCAUCACGAUGAUGAGGAAGCUAGUGGUUUUGGUAGCUUUAGCCAUAUUAUUAAUUACGGAAGAAGUUCCCUCUUCUCAGGCGAAUGCUGCAAAGGUUGAUAUCAAGAAUGCGUUGAGCGGGGGGAAAAGGUUGAUAGCCCAUUGUGGAUCCAAAGACGACGAUAUUGGCGCACAGGUCAUUGAGGAGGGCGCUUCUCUUCAUUGGAGUUUCGAGGCAGUCAGUGAGACGCUGUUCUGGUGCAAUCUGGCGGUAGAAGAUAGAAUGAUGGAGCUCAUCUGGGUUGUGAUGGAUGAUGGAGCUCAUCUGGCGCUUUGGAUUAAUUCUCCUGAACCGAUUCCCCGACACAAGUGGAGAAGGAUACUUUUUGCCCCACGACAUUACUAGGAAUGGUACUCGAUUAUUGGAUUGUUGAAUGUUGUUCUGAAAUUACUAGCUAGAUGUCGUCUGAAUUUGAAUACGUAAUUGAAGCUCCAACCAAAUGGCUCUCUCUAGUCUCUCUUCCCUAAUUCAUUGUCUCCUCAAUCGAAUGAAUACCUAGGUGACUUUGAAGGAGUGGAGGUGCCUACACUGGCCUCUUUGGAUGAUGAGGGGUGUAGACAGCGGUACUAAUAAUGCAUCUCGCAUACUAGUUGGCAUUACAAAUCGCAUACUACCCAUGCCCGCCCCGCCCCGCCCCAAAACAGGUCAAACAGGUCGGGUAAAACGAGUCAGGUCGAAAUUGGCAUCCCUACCCGUUACCAACUGCAUACCAUAUGGUGGCUUCUUCGUUUUAAGUCGUUUUUUAAAACGUUUGCUCAGAAGAAAUGAGUUCAUCAUGAUCUAUUGGAUCUAGAAAUUUAUAGGUGAAAAAAAUGCUGGACCAAAAAUUACCAUACUUUACCACUAUGGUAUGUGAGUGGUAACUUGUAGUAAACAAUGAUGAAAGUCGUAAAUGACAAUUAGUAUACUCCUACUAUCAUGUAUUCAACCUUCUUACCAUAUUGGUUUGUUCAUACGAUCAUGGUACGCUCUCUUACUAUACUGGAUUCCUAAUAUAUGGUAUUAAAUAGGAGCAUAUCAUAUGGUAAUGACUAGUAAAAAAUGACUCAAUUUUUUAUAGUAAAAAUAUAUCAAAAUGAAUAUCAUUUUUAAGAGCACAUUUAAUCUGAUAUAUCUGUGCAAAAAAAAUUUAAAUUUCGACUUAAAACGAAAAAAAAAUCGUCCGUUAAAGAUUAAAGGGGAAAAGAUAAAAAGUUUUCCAGGAGAUAGGGGAUGCUGAUGUGGACAGGUUACUAAUGGUUACUCACCAUAAGGGAUUAAGGGUUACUGACCUGAUCCACUUCUCAUCACAUCCCAUCCCUUCCCUAUUCCGUUCUUUCUUAAAUUCUAACCCACAAAGAAACCGAGGGAGGCAAAAUGGGGGAGGUGGGUCUUGCAUGCUUCGAUAUGGGAGAGAUUCAGAGGGAGGCAGGUCAUGCUUGUUUCGAUCGGAGAAGAAGUAGAGCGACGGUCGCUUUAAAUCGGCAUGUGAGACUGAGAAGAGAGAGGCAAACCUGCGACCGCUCCAAAUCGGUCGUCUCGUCGCCGCCGCCGUCAAGGAGUCGGAUGAGAGGCAAGCAGAGAGGGUGGGUGAGAUUAGAGAAUAGAGUGACAAGAGAGAGGAGGGUUAGAUUUGGGUGUUGACGGCAGGGUGGGAGUUGGGAGGGUGAUGGGUUUUUUUUUUCUUUUUGCUUUGCAGUUAGGAAGAGAUCGGAGAGAAGUGAAGAGAUUGGAGAAGCGCGACUGCUUUCGAUGUGAGGGAGACGAUUUAGGGUUGUGUAGUUGGGUCUUGGGAAUUUGGGCAGGGUUGGUGUGGCCUGUAGUUGGGAUUGGGUCUAAGUUGUUGGGGGAGGUGGGUGGCUGGAGAGAUGGGACGGACUGAAGUUGGGCUUUCUGGUUUUCCCGGUUUUAACCGAAUCGGACCGGGUACAAAUAGAAGUUGGACUGAAACCGAAAUGAAUAUAAUUUUGUAGAACACAAAAAGAAAUUUCGAAGUACAAAUUAGAAUGGAAAAAAAUAAAACAACGAUUAAAAA